GUGAGCAGCAAGCGAGAAGAGUCACGGAGCUAACAACAUCAUUCGUUUCAUUACAUCCGCGGUCGUCGUUCGUUCGUGUAUAGUUUUGUCCAACGCACGUCGAGCUGUAGAACAUUUUUUCUGUUCCAUCCGCCUACUUUGUCCGAUUCCCAGUGUUCGAAACACGGGAAAAGAACGCGUUUUUCACGCUCCGGUAUUUUUUGUUUGGUUAAAGUGCAAGAAAGGAUCGCAUUUUUCUGUGCAUUGUUGAACGAGUGUGAGUGUGGAACGGAAAAUAUCACUUUUUUCGCUGCCUCGAUAACGUCGAGAGGAAAGUUUCCAGCUUGAUUCGCCUUCUCCAGUAGAGGCAAGUUUUGUGCAAGUGUUCUGUUUUAAUUUUGAAGAAAAAAUAAGUUAUGUGAUCUCAUUCUUGGCUCCUUUGCCUGAUGUGCUUUGAUGUGUGCGGUUUUUGUCGAGAUAGAAAAGCAGCCGAGUUGGUUCCUACUUUGUUCAGCGGAGUAGCCUCAUUGGAAGGGUUUUUGUUCUUCUCAUGUAAAUAUACCUACAUAGAGCGAUUAGACGGAAUUCUAUGAGCAAUAUAAUCUACCCGUAAUUAGGCGAAAAAUUCUUUACACCUUUCAACGGAAGGAGGGGAAAAUCUUACUCUGAAGUGUUGUUAGUAGCUCCGUUUGCGAGCGAAUUAAAGUGAUUAACCACCAAAAUAAAGUGUGCCACACAACAACGGGCUACGUGGCAAGUGGUCGUCGUCGUGUGAGCGUGGGAGUGACGAAAGAUUAAUUCGUGUACGCAGGAGUGGGUGUUGAAUUCUUUGCGACCUGUGUAGGUCCUGUGGCGAAAUAUCAACAACAAUACAAACGGCUGCCAUAGUAGCAGCAGCAGCAGCAGUGUGGUUGAGCUCUAGGCAGCAGCAGCGGUUUCACAAAAGCAACUGAGAGAACGGAAAAAGCCCCACAAUGCGCGAAUACAAGAUUGUUGUACUCGGAAGCGGAGGUGUCGGUAAAUCCGCCCUGACGGUGCAGUUUGUUCAGGGUAUAUUUGUGGAAAAGUACGAUCCCACGAUAGAGGACAGUUACCGCAAGCAGGUGGAAGUGGACGGACAGCAGUGUAUGUUGGAAAUUCUGGACACGGCAGGAACGGAACAAUUCACGGCCAUGCGAGAUUUGUACAUGAAGAACGGCCAGGGUUUCGUGCUAGUGUACUCCAUCACAGCACAAUCGACAUUCAACGACCUGCAGGACCUGAGGGAGCAGAUUUUAAGGGUUAAGGACACUGACGACGUUCCGAUGGUGUUGGUCGGCAACAAGUGCGAUCUGGAGGACGAACGAGUGGUCGGUAAGGAGCUCGGCAAAAGCCUCGCCAACCAGUUCAACUGUGCAUUCAUGGAGACGUCAGCCAAAGCCAAAAUUAAUGUUAACGACAUUUUCUACGACUUAGUCCAACAAAUUAACAAGAAAUCUCCCGAGAGAAAGCCCAACAAAAAGAAGAAAUCGCUGUGCGUGUUGCUCUAAGUAAACUACUACUACUACUACUAUUACUAUUACUUCUAAUUAACAAAA